AAAUAUAUGACAAAAUAUUAUUGACGUUUGAAUAAGACAGGAAUAAUAAUUGAAGUUAAAAUAGUAGAAGUAAAUUUUAAAAGCUACUCGAGCUGUAUUGUCUCCAAACAGACUAAAAUUAUUACACAUAAAAAAAAUUCUAGUGUCACUUUAAAGCAAACGUAUUAUAUUUUAUAUUUAAAAUAUACGAAAUUUGAUAGAUUUUGAAGUUCUUAAAUAGUUCCCAUAUAGGUACUAAAAUUUUAGCCAAAGCGAUGUGUUGGCAAGAAAAACAAAUAGUACUUAAAACAUACAGCGCAUUUUAAUGUAGGUAUUUCAUGUAUACUAGGUCCAUUUGUUGAAAGUUUGACUUAAAUCGUUAACGGAACCAGUUUAAUACCUAUAAACUUUUCAUAAGCUUUGAAAACAAAUCUCUUGGGUCAGCUCCCUAUCUCAGUAUAAGAGUGUGGUGGGUGGAGCGCAUGGGGCGCGGAGGACGCGUGCGGCUGGCGGUGGCGCUGGUCGUGGCUGCACUCCUGCUGUGGGCGUGGCGAGGCUCCGACCGGCAUGGACCUGUCACGAGCCACUCGACGCGCGGUGUCGGCGCCCCGGUCGAGGGCCGCGAACUCCCACUUAUAUUCAUUGGUGGGGUACCCCGAUCGGGCACCACCUUGAUGCGAGCUAUGCUCGACGCUCAUCCUGAUGUCCGUUGUGGGCAGGAAACGCGAGUCGUGCCAAGAAUAUUGCAGAUGCGCCAGCACUGGAUGCGUUCUCAGAAGGAGAGUGUUCGGCUCGAACAGGCGGGGGUGUCGAAGGCGGUGCUCGAUAACGCGAUCGCAGCUUUCUGUUUGGAAGUGAUAGUGCGUCACGGCGAGCCCGCGCCGCGUCUGUGUAACAAGGAUCCUCUAGUUCUUAAGAUGGGCACCUAUGUGCUCGAACUUUUUCCUAAUGCUAAGUUUUUGUUUAUGGUGCGCGACGGCCGUGCCACUGUCCAUUCUAUAAUUACUCGAAAGGUAACGAUAACGGGGUUCGACCUAACGAGCUACCGGCAAUGUCUGAGCAAGUGGAACCACGCGGUGGAGUUGAUGUACCAGCAGUGUAAGACACUGGGCCCCACACGCUGCCUCCUGGUGCGCUACGAGGCGCUAGUGCUGGCGCCCGAAACCACUAUGCGCCGCGUGCUGAGCUUCCUCGACCUGCCCUGGGACGACGCCGUGCUGCAUCACGAGCGAUACAUCAAUCAGCCUAACGGAGUCGCACUGUCCAAUGUGGAGAGAUCGUCGGACCAGGUGGUGCGUCCGGUGAACCUCGACGCGCUGGACAAGUGGGUGGGCCAGAUUCCGGCUGACGUGCGUGCCGACAUGGCGGAGCUGGCGCCCAUGCUGUCGGUGCUGGGCUACGACCCGUGGGCCAACCCGCCGCGCUACGCCGCCUCGCCUGACGUGUCGCCCGACCGGUCGCCAGGCCAGUCGCCAGGCCAGUCGCCAGACCAGUCGCCCGUCCAAGUCCCGAACGAUGAAUCUCCUCGAGCGCCUCAUCCGCCCUAAUAUAAAAAUAUAAUUAUCUCCA